AUGGCGGACCACACGGUGAAUAGGCUGGCGGUACAUCCAGUUGGGCAGUUCCGGCAGGCGGGCGUGGUUGCAGGGACGGGCGUCAGCAUCUGGGAUCUGUCGGGAACAACAGCUAGUAUGAAGGCGGUGGUGAGCCCGGCGCGGUACUCGAUGGACGAGGUCGAGGCGAUGUCAUGGGAUCCGUCGUCGAGCAGCCAGCUGGCGACAGCAGACGGGCCGAGCGUGCGCGGCUGGGAUACACGCACAGAUACGGCAAACCAGAGACCCGCGUUUACCGUGGAUUAUGCGCACAACGGCAAGGUGCGAGCCAUCGACUACAACCCUAACAUGCCACACAUACUGGCCACUGGCGGCGACGACGGGUGUGUGCGCCUGUGGGAUGCACGUAGUCUGGCAGGACCAGUCAUAGAUAUUGCGCACCACACGCACUGGGUGUAUAGCGUGGAAUUCAACCCGAACCACGACCAGCUGGUGCUCUCGGCGGGCGCCGACGGGCUUGUCAAUCUGGAGAGCGCAGUCAGCGUGUCGUCGGCGCAGGCUGUGGCGACAAUUGACGACGGGCAAGCGGAUAGUACCGAUGGGCCGAUCGACGACUUUGACUACGACGAGAGCGACGGGAUUGGACGGCCAGCGGACGGCCUGGUAGCGCAGUUUGACGACCACGAGACCAGCGUAUACGCUGCCCACUGGUCUGCCGCCGACCCGUGGGUCUUUGCGUCGCUGUCGUUUGACGGCCGCAUGGUGAUCAACACGGUACCGCGCGAGGAAAAGUACAAGAUCCUGCUGUAG